UGGUUAAUGUUUAGUAAUGUGUAGACCAGCAGGUCAAUGAAGUAGAUAACAUCAAACUUGCAACCGAAUACACUAUGCUGUAAACCAGGAAAUGCUAUUAUUGAGUAUGAAUGACCCAAUAAGAGAACUUCUAUGCAAUCUAUACAAGGUCCAAUAUGUGAGACAGUUCUUGUAGUUUAUUUUGUGCCUAUAUGUAUAUGUUGCCGAUAUCUGGGUGAUGGCAGAUUGUGGUUUUUGUAUUUUAACACAUGUAUAUGAUGGAAGAUAAAAAGAUCAGAGAUCUGAGUUUGUAUGUAUAUUUAUCCAGAUGAGAAUCUGUGCAUAUACUUGAUUAUUAGUUUGAGGUUUUAUAUACUGAUGUGACUUUGCACCUGUUGGAUUUUCCUAAAUCAUUUGAUGUACUUUUUACAUUAUAUGCAUGUAGUGGCUUGCAUUUUGUUUACGUGGAUGCAUGUAUCCUCCUUGUAAGCUUAUAGAAUUUAGCAAGAACUUGAUACAAUAUUCUCCCUCUGCCCAAACAUGCAAAGUUUGACUUGACACAUAGUUUAGUAAAAGUGUUCUAUUAUUGGUCAAAUGUCUAAAAUGCACCCUUAGUAAGGACAAAGGAUAGAAAUUUUGUGGACAACAAUCACAGUUACUAAUCUUAAGUAACGAUCACAAAUGGGAAAAAAUGGGAUUGAAAACUUUCCAGAAAAGGAAAUGAUGCAUUUUCGGGCACAACCCAAAAUGGAAAUGGUUGCAUUUUUUCAGUGUAGCAAUAGUAAUUAUCAUCAAAUUAUUUGUAUUCCAAGUUUUUGAUAAGAAGAAUCAAUUGGCUAUCAUUUCUUCUAAUGGUCUAGAUAUUAAAUUGAUUUUUCACCAAUUCAGGUGGAUACAAUCUUGGACAAGGGAAACUUUACGCUAGAGGAGCUUCUUGAUGAGGAUGAAAUAAUCCAAGAAUGCAAAGCUCUUAAUAGCCGACUUAUCAAUUUGCCUUCAUUUUUGGCUAUGGAACGUGCGCAUUCGGUGAUUAUUAUCGUGAAAUCAAUCCGUUUGAGUUGAAACCGCGAAAGUACUGUCAGAACUACUUUCAAGGGGGGGGAUCGACUUUUUUCUUAAUUCGCAACUUGUGAAAUAUUGACUUUGAUAUUACUUGUUAUUAAGAUGCACAAUGUUUGUCAUAUGAUGGCGAUACUCUUAACAAUUUUCUUUUUCGAUCUAUUUUUGUUGACACUGCAAACAAUAACCUGUUUUCUGAAUCUAAAUGUACUUCCAUUUGCUGCAAGUGUAGUUUGAGGGAAAGGACUCAAGUUGAACAGCUUGUGCGAUACAUAAUCGAGGAAGCUUAUGAAGAUGCUGCAAAUGGACGAACUUUUAAGUAGGUUCCCUUUUAUUGCUUGUGAGAUAUUUACCUGUGAAGUUGAUAUCAUACUAAAAGCCUUGGUAGAGGAUGAGGAGUUGAUGAACUUGCUGUUCUCCUUCCUGGAACCAGAACACCCUCAUAAGACCCUACUGGCUGGUUACUUCAGUAAGGUUGUUGCCUGCCUCAUGUUCCGGAAGUCGGCUCCUUUAAUGAACUAUAUUCAAGCCCAUCCAUACAUCAUCAAAAAGCUGGUUGACCUCGUAGGAAUUACAUCCAUCAUGGAGGUGCUGAUUCGUCUGAUUGGUGCUGACGAACAUCUUUACACCAGUUAUGCAGACCCAACGCAGUGGUUAGAAGAUAUUGAUGUAUUAGAGAUGAUUGUUGAUAAAUUCAGUUCUUCGGAUUGUCCUGAAGUGCAUGCUAAUGCAGCAGAAUCACUUUGUGCUAUAGCUAGAUAUGCUCCCCCAGGAUUAGCUGCUAAAAUUUCAACCCCAAGUUUCAUAGCAAGAUUAUUUCAUCAUGCCUUGGAGGAAUCUCGACCAAGAUCAGUUCUAGUUUAUGCGUUGUCUGUAUGUAUAUGUUUGUUAGACCCAAAGAGGCUAACAUCUGGGAUGUAUUACAUUUAUAAUCGGCAAUUAAGUCAUGGAUCUGCGGUAACAAAUCCUGAGACUCUGGAAGGCAUGUUGGAGAGCCUAGGCAAUUUGUUAAAGCUCUUGGAUGUUUCGGCAGAAAAAAAUGUUUUACCAACAACAUAUGGAAAGUUGCAGCCACCUCUUGGGAAACACCGCCUGAAGAUUGUUGAAUUCAUCUCAGUACUAAUGACUGUUGGAAGUGAAGCUGCUGAGAAGGAGUUGAUCCGCCUUGGUGUCCUAAGACGUAUUCUGGAGUUAUUUUUUGAGUAUCCGUACAAUAAUUUCAUUCAUCAUGAUGCUGAACAGAUUGUAGUUUCUUGCCUUGAGAGCAAGAAUGUUUCACUGGUUGAGCAUAUUCUUGAGGACUGUAAUCUUGUCAGGAGGAUUCUUGAUGCCGAAAGGAACAGUGCAUUGAUCACUGAGAGAAAUAAUGUUAUGCCUACAGUCCCUGCUGAAGGAAGAAUGCCACCCAGGAUAGGGAAUGUUGGACACAUGACACGUAUAGCCAACAAACUCAUUCGGCUAGGGGCUAAUAACAGCUAUAUACACGCACAUUUGCAGGAUAUUAGCGAAUGGGUGGAGUGGCAUACAAAUGUACUUCUGAGCCGCAAUGAACUUGAAAAUGUCUUCCAGUGGGCGUGCGGGAGACCUACUGCAUUUCAUGAUCGGGGUAGAGAUAGUGAAGAUGAUGAUUACCACCAAGAUAAAGAUUAUGAUGUGGCAGUUUUAGCCAAUAAUCUAAGCCAGGCGUUUCGAUAUGGUAUCUGUGAAAAUGAUGAUAAUAAGGAGGCUAAUAGCUCACUGGAAAGAGAUAAUGAGGAUAUCUAUUUUGAUGAUGAAUCUGGUGAAGUAGUGAUAUCUUCACUUGGGUUGGGAGAUGACCAAGAAAGCGGGUCUCUUUUUGCAAAUUCAAAUUGGUUUGCAUUUGAGGAAGAGGACGAAGUCGAUGAACUAGCAACUGAUACAGCACCUUCAUCUUCACCCAACUCCAGAGAAUUCUCCGGUGGCAAUGAUGAUGGUGGUUCCAACGAAAACGACAAGAAGUUCUCAGAGACUACAACAUCCGAGUCAAAACCGAGUUCAAUUGAUACUGCAGUGAGUGACUCGCUAACUGAUUCAAAAACCAGUGAGACUGAUAAGCCACCUGAAUGGGUCGAAUGGAGAGAUUCCGUUGAACCAUCGGAUACAAUCACAGAGCCAGCUGGAACCUCCGAGUCUGUAACAAAUGACCCCCCAAAAGGUGGACAUGACCCAAAACCGGUGACUGAUAACAGCAACAAAGGGGAGGUUUCACCAUCUUGCACCACUGAUAAAUCAGGGCCAGAGGAAGAUGAUGAUAAAGGCAAAAGUGACAUAAGCGGCAGCCCGCCAGACACCGAGUUUGAUCAGAUGAACCCACCGGGGGAAACUGAACCACUUACGGGAAUCUCAUCUGGUUCCAUCGACCAAAAGUGAGCUGGGUUAGCCGUUACUGUAAAUUUGGUUUGAUCUUGAAAGCUGUAGCAGUGGCUUUCAAGAGAUGUAUGUUGAGAAUAGUUAUGUACAUUGUUUAACAAAAUAGGGAUGACCAUCCUUUCCCCCCUCCCACUCCCACUCCCACUCCCACUCCCAUAGGGUGUUACUGCUGAUGGUUGGGAGGUUUACUCAUCAAGUGGGUACUUGAAAACAUGUUAUCCAAAGAAAACGCUACACCUUUUGUUUUGUUGAUUCAUUUCAACUUAAUGUUGCUCACAUAUGAUUUUGUUUAUAUGUACAACCAAACACUUGCCGGUCUUUUUACUGGUUAACUAAACAAUUAUUGCCUUAUAUUGGGUGAUACAAUAAGAAAUAAUGGCCUUUUACCUA